CCAGGGUCACAAUGGCUGACCAUCACAUAAGAGAAGCAGCGGAAUCUCUAUUGGAGAGUGUCUCCAAUCCACGCUAUAGAACUGUUUCUCAAUCGCACUCAGUAAAUCUAACAACGGAAGACCUGCUGGCCGGGUACAGACCGUACGGUAGGAUGUCUUCUGUGCGGAGGUUCUUUUGUCUGUUUGUAACAUUUGAUCUCCUCUUCACAAGUCUUAUGUGGUUGAUAUGUGUUAUGAUGAAAGGUGAAUCACUAGUACUGAUAUUCAACAGAGAGAUAGUACAAUAUAGCAUUAAAACAUCCCUAUUUGAUGUAGUAAUGGUUGCUAUGUUAAGAUUUCUUCUGCUGAUAUUGUUUUAUGCAGUGUUAUAUAUUAAUAAUUGGAGCAUUAUUGCUCUCUCGACUGGAGGAACUUGUGCCUUUUUAAUAGCCAAAGUGUUCGUUUUUGAUUGGCCGAAUGCAUCACAGCCGGUGUACCAAGUGUUUUUAAUCCUGACCUCGUUCACGCUGGCGUGGGGUGAAGCCUGGUUCCUCGACUUCAGGGUGCUGCCGCUGGAGAUGGGAGCCAGCAGUAUGUAUUUAGUGUCCUUGGUAUAA